AUGGCUACUCAGGCGCCAACCCAGGGCGCUGGCACGGCCAACUCCUAUGCAGGACAACCUGCAACAUCACCAGCUGGUCCUCCUGCCGCGACUACGGCUGCAACUGGCACCACUGGAGGCGCCAUGUCAAACCAGAAUCUGAACCAGAUAGUUACCGAUUACUUACUCAAGAGAGGCUUCAAUAGGACAGAAGAGGUUUUCAGACAGGAGUCAAAACACUUGGGCAAUGACGGAAAACCAGUCCAACAGCUGGCAAAUUUAGGUCCAAAGAAGUACUCGAGGGCGUUUCGACUAUUGAGAGACUGGGUCGAGAACAACCUCGAAAUCUACAAGUUUGAGCUAUCAAAGCUUCUCUGGCCGACAUUUGUUUACUCAUUUAUCGAGCUGGUCGGGAAUGGAUACACAGAAGAGGGCAAGCUAUUUCUCAAAGAAAUCGGCCAGCAUUUCCAAGCGUCCCACGCGGAUGAUUUAAAAACGUUUUCAACCAUCACGCUUCCACAGCAUACAAACGAGAACCCUAUUACCAAGUUAUACAAAGAGAACAAAUAUCGCAUCCCCCUAAACCAACACGCGACUGGCGACCUUUUCAACUUUCUUGAGCGCGAGUCUGACCAGGGUGGAUCUGUGAUUCGACAACUGCUCGUCUCAUAUUGUCAGAUUGAUUCAACAGCUCGCGGGCCUAUCACGCCAUUUAGUUUUGAAGCAGUGUUUAGAAAGAGUAAAAAUUUGGAAAUUGAGGAGGUGGACACCAAGGAAGGUAUCCCAGGUGUCAACAUCGGCUUGUCUAACAAGGACAUUUUGGAUCCGGCUGCACCUCUCAGCCUCGGCCCUCUACCUAUGGAUACGGAUCUUCGCGAUGAUAUCCGAGCCGAAAUCGAAGAUGAGGAACGACGAAAUCCUCUGGCCCCUGGUGGAACCAGUCUCCUGGAGGAGCUUGACCAAAAGAUAAAGCGAGAGGAGAGUGCAGAUGCCCCGAGCCGAGCCGAUCUACCUCUACCACCAUCUCGCCCACGAGACAUUAUGCUUGAAAUGCAAAAGCUACGGGAAAACAGAGACAGGUUCAAAAUUGAGGGUCGAACAGGCGGUGUGGGCGUCCCCGUCAGCGCUUGCAUGUUUACUUUCCACAACACAUUUGGGAGUGUGUCAUGUAUGGAGUUUUCCGAUGAUGGACAGCUCGCGGCCGUGGGUACCAGCGAAUCCUAUAUUCGCGUCUGGUCCUUAGAUGGCAAGGCUCUCCCCAGCUCAAAUGCUCACGAGAAGGGUGCCAAGUUCAACAGCCGGAAACUGAUUGGGCACUUUGGUCCCGUAUAUGAUAUUUCUUUUUCCGAUUCUGCUUCGGGACCUCCCCAAAAGCUGUUUGGUGAUGAAGGACGACAGAACGCGGCGAUUGAUGGGCGACCAAAGUUGCUGCUGUCAUGUUCAGGGGAUGGGCAAAUCCGGCUCUGGUCUCUGGAGUCGUGGACCUGCCUAUGCGUUUACAAGUCACACGACGGACCUGUCUACAGGGCGCAAUGGGGCCCACACGGACAUUACUUUUUAACCGGUGGCUACGACAAGGUUGUCCGAGUUUGGAUGCAGGAUCAUGCAUCGCCUCAGCGUCUCCUUGUUGGACACGACACCUCCAUCUCGGCUAUUGCAUGGCACCCUAACGGAUUGUACGUCUUUUCGGCGUCAGACGAGACGGACAAGUCUGUCCGCAUGUGGUCGGUGGUGACAGGAGCCUGCGUAAGAGUCUUUACUGGGCACACCGAACAUGUCAGCUCUCUAGAAUGUGCCCCCAAUGGCAAGAUUCUGGCCAGCGCAGACGUUGCGGGCAAUAUCUUCUUUUGGGAUCUGGUCAAGGGGACUCGCAUAAAGCGCUCUCGCGGCCACGGCAAAGGCGGCGUCUGGUCCCUCAGCUUCAGCGUUGAGUCCAACAUCCUUGCCUCUGGUGGCCAAGAUGGCACGGUUCGGUUGUGGGACGUCGAAUCACCAGCAGACCCUCACAAGGCUGCUCAGCAGGCCGGCCUGGAGGCUGCCACUGCCGGUACCGACUUGGCAAUUGGCGGCCCCAACGGGGAAGCAUCAAGAAUCAACGCCGGACCUUCAGGCCAACCGACUAACGCCGGCACCACCACGGGCCCCAAGAAGAAGAGCAAGGAGGUGAUGAUUACUCCGGAUCAAAUCUCUGCUUUUCCCACGAAGAAGACGCCCGUGAUCAAUGUCAAGUUUACUCGAAUGAAUCUCGUCAUAGCAGGCGGAUGUUACGAUCCUGACAGGUAGAGCGAAACAUGGCAUGGUAUGAAGGGGAAUUGCCGGCAAUUAUUGGGGUAGUAAUGCGACUGAACAUGAGUUGCGCAUCCGCGACACAAAUCUAGAGGUCUCUAUGACGGCAAUCGAGUAAAUUGCAGCAGCUACAGUGCCAAAGGGAUAAAGUGCUUGGCAGGAGGCAACAUGAUUGGGAUGGACUGGGAAUUGGUGUACAGCUAUAGGUAUCGUUUGGUUUCAGGAAUAAUUAUUUAGAUCAAAACUUGAUGCGUUGUAAUGGCAGCUGAUUACUGCCAGGGCGUCAUGGGGGCACGAAUCUGCCUGGAUAAUAACAAUGGAAAGUUGGAGCUAAGGGGACGUGAAGAGAUGUUAGGGAGCAGUCAACUUACAGAUAGUCAGCGAACAAAGACUGCGUGUUUAUACCCGCAUCUUGUACCAAAUAAAGAACAAUCCUUCUUUUCGU